GGGAUUUCUUUGUCUAAAUUUUUACAAACAUAGCAGAUGUAGAACAAAGACGAAGACAGUAAACACAGCGGAAUCUUUGAGUCCCAUCUUCCGUGAACGCAGCGUUAAAAAAACACAGCGCGUCCACUUCCCGGUGGAAAGCCGCUGCUGUUAUCGGCUUAUUUAAGCUCUUUUGUGUGUUUAACAUGAAUUUGAAGCCGUGGUCCUCUGAGGGAAACAAGUGGCUGUAGUUUGGGGCUCUUAUGGCUGUUUCAGCUGUUUGCUCAGAGACACAGUCACGAUGUUUUCUGCCAACAUGGAGACAAAAAAAGUGGACAUCCCCCCAGCAUUGCUCGACGACCUCUGCAGGUAACCCGAGCAUAGUGUAGCAUCGCACUUUAAAACCCCGUCUGCUAACCCUUUAUUAACAGACUAUUAAACCGUUAUAUUACUGUCUUUAACAGUUUGGUGAGCCUUAAGACUAAACUAGAGCAGUCUGAGUUAACUGUUGGUGUUUUAACCUGACGUUAGCUGAGAUUUACAGCCACUUUCUGACACUAAUAUUCACUCCAAUAGAAAUAUUCACUUAUUUUUAUCAUUAUAAACACAGACAGUAAAGAGUCAUUAAUAACUGUUUUCAGGUUAACAAACAAACAGCAGGAUGAAAGGUGUAAUUAAGAGGACGUAUUCACGAUCCUUUAGUGUUUACAUUAAGAUGGCAAUAACAGUCUCAGUGGUCACUUUAUUAGGAACAACUCGAAUCAGACAGUCUGGACAAGAUAUCUUCAGUUUUUGUUUACAUCAAUUAUUGGGCUGCUAAUCUAAGGAUAAGAGGGAUGGAAAGACAGGACAUACGACGCUGCUUGGAGGAACAAAAGACAACAACAAAAAACCAGUGUAAAUAUUCAACUUACAAAAUGUUAAAUGCCACAGGUUUGCAUGUUUACACAGAAUAACAUUUACACUAUCACUGACAUAAAAAGGGAAUAAGCUGAACCACAAGGCUUUUUGCUGCUCUUUCUAUAAAAUAUAUGAAAUAAUGUAGAGCAAAAGCAAGACAUAAAAGAAAGUUUUAAAAAAAGAAGACUUACUUAAAAUCAUCAAUUCUCAGUGUUUUUAAGUUGUAAUUAGCAGUUCACAGUUUAAGGGCUUUUAAAACUCUACAAAUUUUAACUCAUCAACAAAACUGCUCUGAAGUUUGUCUCCUAAAAUUGAAACACACUUUUAUUUAUUACUUUACAUGUUUCAAGCAUGUAUGUCUUUCCUUUAUUGUAGCAGCCACACAAGUGUGUGCAUGAACGGUGGUAUGUCUCUGUUUGUCAGCCCUGUGAUAGACUGGCAACCUGUCCAGUGUGUACCCUACCUCUCCUCCUCUGACAUCUGGCAUUAGGCUCUGGACCCUGCAAUCUGAACAGGAAAAAGACGUAAAGAUAAUGGAUGGAUGUCAGUAGAUCUAGAUAGUUUAUGUUUUUAUGUAAUUUAGCUUCCAGCUGGGUUUCUAAUCUAUGUUAUCACCUGGUUAGGUUUCAAAAUGCCACUUUAGGGUUAAGAUUAGUGUUUUUAGUGCCAUCAUGAGGAGUCAUGAAGGAGUGACAAUGUGACUCAGAGUACAGGGAAAUCUGGUAAAAAUGUUAUGAUAUUGAUGAUAUUCAUUAUUGGGGCUGGUGAUUUAAUACUUACGUAUAUCACAGGAGUAGGGCAACAAUAUUUGUCUGAUUGGCAAUUAGUUAUUACACCUUUGUGUUUGCAUUAAGGAAGUAAACAGUAAAGAAGAACUCUCUUGAGUGUGAUGGAGUCCACUGUGACUGAGGAUUUCUGGCUGUGCUGACAAAAACUGAACAUCAUAAACUCAUUCAAUCUUUAAUUACAAGCAGACAGAUUUUACAUUUACUAGCUUCAGUAGAAUUUUGGAAGAUCACAUAAAAAGAAGUACACAAUUUGUGUGUGUGCACGCGCGUGCAUCUCUACCCAAUUUUGACCCCAUGUCUUUCACCCUCUCUCUCUCUCUCUCUCUCUGUCUCUCUCGCUCUCUAUCUCCAUCGCUAUCUCACUCUCUCUCUCUCUCUCUCUCUCUUGCUCUCUGUCUGGCUGUCUUCAGCCGGUUCAUCCUGCACAUCCCCAGUGAGGAGAGGGAUAACGCCAUCAGAGUGUGUUUCCAGAUCGAGCUGGCUCACUGGUUUUAUUUGGAUUUCUGCAUGCAGAACACUCCGGGAGCUCCACACUGCGGCAUCCGAGACUUUGCCAAGGCUGAUAUCCUCAACUGGCUCUCUCAGAGCAGGAUUACCUGUUUGAUCAUGUUAUUGUGUUGUACAGAUGAUCAGAUGAUGAACUGCACACAGUCCUCUAACCUGUAUCAUCUCAGACUGUUUUUGUGCAGAAACAAAAGAAACUUUCUUUGAUAUUUUUGGUCUGAACUUCCUGUCAGGUGUGUGUUUUCACCUCGGCUUAGGUGUUUCUUCCUUAACAGUUGUGAACUCUUCCAUCACUGUCCAUUCCUGCUGCCUCAUGGAGAGGAUGUACAGAAAGUGCUGGAGCAGUGGAAGGAAUAUAAGAUGGGGGUCCCCACAUAUGGAGCCAUAAUCCUGGAUGAAUCUCUGGAAAAUGUAAGAUUUUUACUUUUUCUUUCAUAGUUAUUUAUCUGAUUGGUCAGCUAAAGUCAGACAGAGAGACGUGCAACGGCAAGCACUUGUACUUUAAAAGCACCCUGUGAGAUUGUAUUUGUUAUAUUUUGCAAGGUCUAUCCCUGCAGCAGAGUGAGCUGUAAUCGAGUCAUGAAAAUAUAUUCCUGAAUUAUUACCUAUUUUCUUUUUAGAUCCAUUUCCAUCAAUGAUUUUUACUCUGCAUGAUCUAGAAACACAUCAGCAGCUUGCUUCUAGACAAGAUAAGAUAUGAAACAAAAUAAUAUGAUUCGAUCUUCCAUAAUAAAAUACCAUAUAGUACAAAACAGUUUGAUACAAUUCAUCAUGAUGGGAUGGAUACAGUUAGAGCUUUUGGGAUAUCAGAUUUUCUCCUCAUGAUUAUUAUGGUCAUAAAAAACACAAUUAUGAUGUUAGAUUGCUUUAUUUCUUGCAGGGUCAAACUGUGCUUUUAUUUUGAAGGACAAGCUACUUCUUGAACUGAAUGAAAACCUUGAAGGAACAGUUACUUAGUAUAAAUGUUUAAUUGAUCAGUAAAGACAGAGAAACUAGUGCUAAUGUUGUGUUUAGAUUUACAAUCAAUCUUGGAAUGUAAGUUUUGAAAAGCGUCUAGUCAUCUCUCAGAGGGAUGUUACAGCAAACUCACUUGCAGCUGCUGCUUCUUCGUGCUGAUUGUUCACACAAAAUCAAUUUUUAUUUAUUUAUUUAUUAAUUUAUUUAAAAGAGGGUUAUUGUCAUUACCAAUAUUUAUGACAGCCCCAAAUACAAGAUGGUACAAAAUGAUAAAUUGGGGAAAUUUGUCCUGCUCUCAUGUACUUUACAUAAGCUUUAUACAAAGGUCAGCUAAAGUGUCAGAGACAGCAUUACCUGAAUGUCACCUGUCCCUUCUCUCUUGUUAAAAUCUCAUAUAGCUCUGAAAUUAAACAGCAAAACUCACCUGUCCUCUCUGUCCUCAGGCUCUGCUGGUUCAGGGUUACCUGGCAAAGUCAGGAUGGGGUUUCCCAAAGGGGAAGGUGAAUGAGGACGAGGCGCCUCACGACUGCGCAGUGAGAGAGGUAAGUCACUCGACCAAUAAGAGUGUUGCUAACUACCUCAUAUUUAGGCUCAGUUUACUGAGAUCCAGGUGAUUUUUUUCAAGGUUCUGGAGGAGACAGGCUUCGAUAUUAAGAACCGGAUCUGUAAAGACGUCUACAUUGAGCAGAAAAUCACCGACCAGCUGGUUCGACUCUACAUCAUCCCCGGAGUCUCCAGGGACACAAAGUUCAACCCCAAAACCAGGAAGGAGAUCCGGGUAUGAGGUCUCUGUUUCCUCUCUGGGCCUAAGGGGAACAUGAUGGUGUUUUCUGUCCUCGUAUUCUCAUGUGUUUUACUCUCAUGUUCUCCUAGAACAUCGAAUGGUUCCCCAUCGAUAAGCUGCCAUGUCACAGGAACGACAUGACCCCAAAGUCCAAGCUGGGUCUGGCUCCAAACAGGUUCUUCAUGGCCAUCCCUUUUAUCAGGUGGGUUUGACUCUUUCUGUGUUUAUACAGUGAAAUGAUCCUUUAUCCUCUUCUCAGACCAGAGGAAUACAUCAGUCAUUCAGCCUCAGGGACAAUCAUAAAUGUGUUGUUGAACCUUACAUAUGUGACGUAGUUUGAUGAUGUUAUUGAUCACUAUUGUUGGCUCUCGUCCUUCUCUGUGCUCAGGCCGCUCAGGGACUGGAUCAACAGGGUUAAAGGAGAAUCCACAGACAGUGACGAGGACUUUACAAACACUCCGAACAAACCUUCAGAUAACACUCGGUAACUGCACAGAGACAUCAACAACAACAACAACACCCAGUGACUGUAGUUUAUGCUGUUAAAGAGGCUGCAUUAGUGCUGUUCAGAUAUUUCAAAUCUUAAAGAUUCACUUGCCAGUUUGUUCAGCUGAUACUCUUACUCAUUAAUUAUAGUUAUUGUCUAAGUAUUACUGUUAUUAUGUAAGUAUCACUGUAAGUUUGAAAGAAUGGACAUGUUGGAUAUCGACAAGAAGCCAGUAUCCUGCAACUCUGUCUUAAAGUUAAACCAUAACUGAGAAAGAGUCUGAAGAUCCAGGAGAAACUGUUUUACAGUGUUUUUAUACCAUGAAUCCGUAGUUUAAAGGGAUAUUCUGACGUAAAAUUAAUUUAGGGUCAAACACGCUGUAACACCGCUUUAGUUUUUUUCUAUUGUAAGUAGUUGGUUUUUAGUUUUAGUUUACUCUAGUGGAAACCCACUAGAGUCAAAUAUACAGCAUUAAACAUUGCUCAAAUUAACGGCAGAUUUAUAAAUGUGUUAAACGCUCCAUCUGUAUCUGCUGAGAACUUCAGUUUUAAUAUUAUAAACUCUGUAGACAUAUUUGUUCUCUCUGUAUCAUUGUGAUACUUUUACUGUGAUUCCUGCAGAAGAUUAAAGCUUCACUCUGCAUCACUAUCAGGUCUUUAUCCACCAUCUUUGUCAAAAACACUCUGUUUUCUUCCAUCUCUCAGGUCCAAGUCCCGCCGUGCCACAGGAAGUGAUGCGUUUCCUUUUGAUGCAUGGAUGAAACACAAGCAGCAGAAAUCUGCGGGUCAGCUCAGCCAGUACGAGCACAACCAGGUGAGUGAAGACAGAGAGAGGGAGUUAGAUACACCUGGAUCAACUGACCUGACCCCAGGUAUCAGACUGAGAGACAAGCUGUCAGAGGGAAACAGAAGGAGGGUUUAACAGUGUACCAGCUGAUGACUGACAAAUGAGAGCCUCAUUGCAUUUAAUGGUUAACUGUAUUUUGAAUUUUUUUUCUAGUGUCCGUGUUGCCUCCCUGGGCUCAAACUCAUGUCUGGAUUUACUAAAGCUCUGCUAAACUCUCCAUUAUGUCCUGUAAUAUAGAUAGUUGUUGUGGUUAUCAUAAACAUGUCAGAGUUUGUUCUGUGUCCCACUUCGAUAAUAAACUGUGCUGUUGUGUUGUUGUAAGGUCUUAUUGUUGUGCUGUUUUGUUUUUGUGCUGGUAUUUUGUUGUGUAAUGGUUUUGUUUUGUUGUUGUGCAGAAUCCGACUGUGAAAGGAAAUGGGAGAAGAAGUCAGGACUCUCCGUAUGUGAGGAAAGGACCGGGUGAUAAUGGAGCGAGCAGCCUACAGCAGGUCAAACAGGGAGCAGUGAGUAAAAAAUAAAGAACAGUCAUUUAGUUAUCAGUCUGCUGUUAAACAGCUGAUUUAAGCAGAGCAGAUUUGAAGUUAUUGUAGAUUAAUCAGCUGUUUAAAUGACGUCUUCUCUGUUGUCUUGUCUUCUGCAGAAAGAUGACAAGAGGUUCCAGCCCAGACGACUGCAGGACAGCUUUGACAGAGGUGGGUCAGGUCUACACACACGACUGCAUGAACUACUCAUUAUCCUAAGAAGCCAGCAGGUGUUUCUGCUGCAGAUGAGCUGCAUCAGCGAUUAAACUGCUGAGAUUAAAAAGCUUUUUAAGACUGUUUAUUUUUAGGCUAUUUGAAAAAGACCAUGCACAACAUGAAGUAAUGUAAUAUGGUUCAUUUCGUCUGCUCUGUGUUUGUUUCCUGGUGUCUCAUGGUGUUUUUUAUUUAAAUGUAUUGAAUUUUAUGUGCAUUUAUAUGUUUAUCACAAAUCUGCCAAGGACUAUGGAUGGAAGUUAGCCUGAAGCUACAUUCUGACAUUUACAUACCCAUGUGCAUUUAUGAGCAUGGUCCCCUAUAAUUAAUAAGUAAGAAAGCAAACAAACAAACAAACAAACAUAAAAUUAAAUGAUAAAAAUGAAGGAUAGAAGAAACAGCAGCUACUAGUGAGUUAGAUGUAGCAACCUUCUGGGAGACAAUGGACACUCAAAAACUGACAUUCAAAGAUUUAUGAUAAAUCCAAAACAACAUUAGAGCAUGAGUCUCUUCAGGUUACUGAUCAGGUAAACACUUCCUGUUUUCAUUCAGUUCAAAAAAUUGCUGAUCUACUGGAAGGAGUAUUCUUCAAAAUAAAAGAGUAAAUAAAGCAACCUAAACACAAGACAGAAAAGAUAUAUCAAAAUAAAAGCAGGAGGAACGAUUGUUUUAUGUCUCCUCCAAAGAAGUUUUAGUCACAGAGCUGCUGAUGUGGAUAAAUCAUGAAUUUGAAAAUCAUUAGAAAUGGAUGAUUGAAAGUUAAUAGAUUAUACUUGUUCAUGGUGUUACAGCAAUGGUUGCUCUUUUGUUUCUAUCAAGUAUUCGUAUAGACAGAUUGCAGAAAAUGUAUAAUGGUUUCAGAGCAGUCACAUGUGGAGCUUAUGACACAGUAAGUUAAGUGAGGAAAAAUCAUAAAGAGCCUAGUAGCAGCCAAAGCUUAACAAUACAACAGUUAUCAUGUUGAACGUGUCUGAAAUUCAUCAGGUUAGCUCUGACAGUCAGCAUGAUAUGAAGUGAAACAGUGCAGACUUUAUCUGGGCUCUCUCAGAUUAUCAGGUAACUGUAUGCUCGCAUCGGUGAUGAUUUUUAGAGUGUUAUAUAUCUGUAGAGAAAAGUGAGACCGAUUUCGUACCUGCAGAGUUAUUCCUGUUUUUCUCUCCUCAGACCUCUCUCCCUGCAGCCCGGGCAGCCAGCAGCUUCUGUCCUCAAAGACUUUCCUCAACUUUAAGUUCGACAGAGACGCAAUCAUGAAGUGUUUUGACUACUGACCCUGCCGGCAUUUCAGCCUUUCCUGAAACUGGAUCAGACUGCAGUUUAGAAACAACAAUGCCCAGCUGCUGCUUUGAGGGGGUUGGUGUCAUAUUCAGAGAUGAGUAGUAUGCUGCCAAACAAAAAUAGCCUUAUUUCACCUCCUCCACACUGAGUGACACAGCUCACAGUGAAUAGAGAGCAGAUGAUUUCAAAUCAGUUAUAGAAAUCUAAGAGGUACAGUUUUGUCUACAGGGAGUGCUAAAAGUCACACAAACAAAGUUCCUCACACAAGCUUUAAUAGUGGGCUAAUUUCAUAUCAAUCACACUUUAUCCAAAUUAUCUUAAACCCAAACAGAAGAGUAUGAUUUGUAUUAUUUCUGUACACCAUCAUCUAAUAACAAGAACUUAAUAUUUCACUGUUUUCAUUGAUGCAGAGACAUAGAUGAGUAUGGUGACUGUUCAGGUUGAUUUAUUAUUCAGUUAUGAAUGUUUCAGUUAAUUUCACACCCAUAUAUGUUGAUAUUGUAUAGCUGGUAGUGACCCAGCUCCUCCAUCAUGACUCUGUCUUGUUUUCAGCACUCUCCUGGUUCAGGUCAGUUCAGUCCUGUAGAGUUUGAAUCUUUAGAUUCAGGGUGAGAUUUCUCAGAUCAGAGAUUUGUUAAAUGACUGUGAUCAUACAAUGUUUCCAGAUGGCACAGAUUCAGCGGGAAAUGAACUGUUUUUAUAAAGAGUCAAAGGUCAGGUCUGUACAGUCUAACAGUCUGUAUUGCCUCACUGAAUGAACAUUUUAGCUUGUUCUGAUGAUGGAGAGCACUGGUUGUUUUUGGUAAUGAUUGUACAGAUGGUUCACUGUUGGUUUUCUUGUUGUUUGACUUUAAAUGUGAAGAUGAAUAAAGUUGUGUUUUUUUUCA